AUGCCGAAGAUAAAACUCUUUUUGUGGAAAACGUUCCAUGAAGCUCUUCCAGUGGGAGAGGCUCUGCUGGCUAGACAUAUACAAGUAUGGAACUCUGCCCCUGUGUUCCCUGCUAUUGAGAUCAGUGGAUCUUUAGAUUUGGAGCUAAAAAACCUAUGGACAAGCCUCUGCUCGAGGAAAUCUUUACCUCCCACGGGAGUGGUGUUGGGCUGUUUGGCUCCAUGGAUCGCAUGGCAACUGUGGGUAGCAAGAAACCAACUCGUAUUCAACAACAGGAUCAUCAAAGUGGAGGAAGUGAUUUUUAAAGCCAUUGCAUCAGCUCGAGAGUGGGGUCACAGUCAAGGAUGUACCACCCAGACUUCAAAGCCGGCGAUCUACAGUCAGUCUGCGUCCACGCCCGGAAUUACGGAAACAAAGAGGGUCAUGAUGAGCUCAGAGAGAUCAAAGGAGAAGAAGAGAUCAAUAUGUAGAAGAUUGGGGAAGUAUAUUAAAGAACAGAAGGGAAGGAUUUACAUCAUCAGAAGAUGUGUGGUCAUGCUCCUUUGCUGGCAUGAUUGA